CAAGUAUCGCUGCCGAAGACUCGCUCCUUACAUUCUCAUAAUACUGCGCUGGGAUAAAAACAGUUUUUGGUUUGGCCAUUUUUAAAGACUUUAAGUUGAUCAGAAAUGUCUGUCUCAAGCGAGGCUCCACUUAUGAACUCUCCAAGUGAACAAUCCAUCAGUAUGCCUGCUCAAAGAGGAGGAUCUAAUAAGCAGGCCCUGAAGGUGGCAGGCUUGACUCUGCUGGCAGGUAUACUGAUCGCAGGUCAGGCCUUCACUGCGUACAUGGCGUACAGUCAGAAGGCUCAGCUGAGCACCCUGGAGAGACGCACUGACCGCCUGCAGGAGAUCAGCCGCAGGACUAUGACCAUGCGCGCCCCCGUGAAAAUGCAUCUGCCCAUGAGCUCUCUUCCUCUGGCUUAUGAUGUCUCCAAAGAUGAUAAGGAUUCUUCUUCCUCAUCUACUCAACCAGAGUCCCGUCUUCAAACACAGUGCCAGAAGGAUGCUGCAGCAGAGGGGAAGAAUUCCCUUCCCUCAUUCCGCCCUAAAUGUGAUGAAAACGGAGAGUAUCUGUCUCAGCAGUGCUGGGAUGGGACUGAUGUAUGCUGGUGUGUGGACAAGAAUGGUGUUGAGUUGGAUAAUUCUCUGACCAGGGGCCCUGCUAACUGUGAUACCCCCAAACUCAUUGAGCCAGUUGCUGAGUUUAGGCCAAUGGAGCCUCUGGUGGGAGGAGAUAAGGAGUGAAGAACAGCAUUGAAGUGACGCCAUAAAGGCCCUGAAACUUUUAUAAAUAUAUUGGUGGCUUUAUCAUAGAUUCUUUCAAAGUUACCUUUCCAUUUCUAGUUUGGCUUAAGGUCAAGAUUUGAGAGCUUGCUUAAGUUGAUCACAAUAGUAGUUAGAGUAUCUUAAAUAAAGUUUAAUAUGCUUCAUACAUCAUGCUGAUAAUAAUAAGUAUAUGUUAAAUCAAAAUUAAGUGUUGGGCUUUUAUAUUUUCCUUAAAGGGGACAUAUCAUCUGACUUUUUCCAUGUUUAAGUGCUAUAAUUGGGUCUUCAGUACUUCUAUCAACCUAUAAAAUGUGAAAAAGAUCAACACAGUAACAUUCUCUGCAAGCAUGUGAAACAACAGGUUAUUGAAAUCUGGCUUCCCUUUUGAUGUCAAAAGGGAUCUAAUACCACCCCUUAAUCUGCACUACCCAACCACGGCACUGCAUUUUAUUUAAUUUCAUUUCAUCAGCUCAUUUGCAUAAAAAAGGACACACCCAAAAUGGCACAUUUUGUUCACACCUUCAAAGUGUUAAUUUGAACAUGCUAUAAUAAAUUAUCUGUGGGACAUUUUGAGCUAAAACUUUGCAUAUGUACUCUGGGGACACCAAAGAUUUAUUUUACAUCUUGAAAAAGUCUGAUGAAAUGUCCCCUUUAAAUGUGGCAGAAUCUUAUAUAUUGUACUGACUUUACCUUUUUUACUUUAACUUACUUUGAUAUUUUUAAUUUUACAUUAUUUACAUUUGAACAUUAAAAAUAAAAUGGAUUAAAAUAAUAAUAUAUUGAUACAGUUAAACUAAGAUUGGAAACUAACAAAGAUAGACGAUUAAAUUAAUUUGUAACAAUU